AUGCAUGAGGCAAGGUGUAUGAAUCAACUGACCAAGUACAUGGCGCUUUCAGUCCUGAAUAUCAUCAUCGACGUGGCCACUCUGGCACUCCCGAUACCUAUAAUUGUCGGACUGCAGAUGCCCAUGAGGCAGAAGAUCACCAUAUGUAGGAUUUUCGGCACGGGUGCGUUUGUAUGCGCGGUUGCUAUUCGACGGACAACACUUUUGCCAUCGCUCAUGGUCUCUACCGACUAUACCUGGGAUGCAGUGGAGCAGUUCGAGUGGUGCUUUGCAGAAGUCAAUGCCAGCAUUCUCUGUGCAUGUGCUCCUGCACUAAAACCAUUUUUCUCUCGCUAUAUUCCUGGACUACUGAGCAGCCACUUCCGCAGCCGGGAUCACCAUGGCUCGCCCAAGAAUACUGGUCCAUCGUUUCAAAGCUCACCAUCACAUGUCAGUGGCCAGAGUAAGAGUAAUACCUAUGAGAUGGAAGUGCACGACAAUGUAUCUAUAGACACUACGACGAACCAACAAAAUACAGCGGACGAUGAAAUGAGACUUUGGACGCGUAACGCAAGUGGAGGAAAUAGUAUGACUGGAACGAGUACCCUGUGA